CAGAGAUAUAGUCAAUGAAUUACGUCGUUCAAAAAUUAUUUCACAAUUUCUUGUGCUAAUAUAACUGCAUCUGAAGCUCAAGCUAUAUUUCUUAUUUAUAUGAUGAUUAAAUUAAUUCAAAAAGAAGGUUAUAUUGAUGAAAUUCAUACAAGAGAAAUUUUAAAUCAAUAUCAAACAAAUAUUGAAAAUGAAAAAUUUAAUAUUAUUUAUUAGCAUAUUCUACAUCAUGGUUUUCUUAGUAUUCAACAAAUAAUGCAGUCAGUUAAAGAUUUUUUCUACAAGAUCUAAAUAAUUUUCUAUUAAAUAAAUUGAAAAAAAAACAUGUAUAUUGUUGAUUUUAAUUUAGUAUCUUUAAAAAGAUAUACUUAAAAAUCAAUCAAGUGAAUAUAAAACUGUCAUUCAAGAACAAUUUUUAAUUAAUAUACUUGAUCAUAAAUAAUUAAGUAAUAUACAAUUUGAAUUAGCACUUAAUCAAAAUAUGCAUCGACGUCAAGCUAUUCAAACAAAUAUAUUAAAUGAUCAAAUAAAAACUGUUAAAAUAGUAAAAGAAAAAGUUCAACGAAAAGUUGAUCAUGCUCUUUUAAAAAUAGAUGAAAAUAUACAAUCAUUUUCUAAACCAACACAAAUAUUAUCUCGUUUAACAUAUAAUAGUAUUGUUAAACAAUAUAAAUCUCUAAUUGAAAGUAAUCAAGAAUUAUUAAUCAUAGAUAAAAAUAUAAACAAUGAAUUAUUACCAAAUUUACGUUCAUUACGUCAUAAUUAUAUACAAACUAAAAUACCACGAAAUCAAUUACAUUUAUUAGUUGAACAAGGGUGUGGGUGUGGGUGUUCAUUAGAUCUUAUACGACAUAUAACAUAUAAUAUAUCAUUAUUAAUUAAAGAAAAUGGUUCAAUUGCUGAAAAACCAUUAAUGAAAUAUUUUCAACAAUAUCAAAUUUUAUUUCAUACAGAUUUUCAAUUAUUACUUAUUCGUUAUGGCAUGAUAGCAUUAGAAGAUCUUAUGGUUCUAUUAAUUGUUAGUAAAUUAGCUAAGCCUAAUGAAAUUAAAUCUUAUGCCAAAACAAUAUUCUGCCUUAAUAUAAACAAAUUUAUGGAAAUUUCUAAAUCACAAGAAAAUGUCUUGGUAAAAAAACAUCAUGUACAAAAUAAUUUAGAAAAAAAAUUAUGUAUAACAGCAACUGAUCUUUCUCAAUUACUUAACCAUGUUCUUAAACUUGAUCGUCUCAAACGAAUCAUUGAUAUGAUGACAAUAAUUAAAAACUAUAUACAUUUACAUCCAAUAAAUACAUUCAAUGCACUCAAAGCAUUAAAAUUAGAAUUCGAUUUUAAUAAUUAUGAUAUGAAAUUUUUACGUGAUUUAAAACUCUUAAGUGAUAUAUGGUAUAAAAGAUAUUUAUUCUCACAAACAAAUGAAACAUAUCGAAUAGUUUCAGAAAUAAUUGAUGAAGAACAAGAACAAGAAGAUCCAAAUCAACAUAAAUUUCAUUCGGCAAUAGAUGAAGAUUUUGAUUUAGAUGCAUAUAAUGAAUUAUUCGAAACUAAAGAAUUACAAUGA